AUGUCCGACACGCCUACAGAAGCCCCACCCACGGAUGCAUCCCACAUCGUGCGCUAUAUUCUGGGAUUCCUGAUGAUUGGGAUAGCUUGGGGCUUCACAACCCCAUUCAUCAGAAAGGCAGCGCGUACCCACUCCCCACCGCCCCAUCCCAUCCUCGACUCUUCCGCCGUGAGAGACAGCUGGGUCAAGAGCAAAGUCUACGGCGCCUUCUUCGGCGUUAUCGACUUGCUCAGGAACCCGCGAUACGCUAUCCCCCUUGUGAUCAACCUGACCGGGAGCGUGUGGUUCUUCCUGUUGAUUGGGAAAGCUGAGCUGAGCUUGACGGUACCAAUCACCAACUCGUUGGCGUUCUUAUUUACGGUGCUGGGGGAUUGGUAUGUUGAUCGCAAGGUCAUUAGUAGGGGUGUAUACGUGGAUAGGUAUGUCUUUAUCACUGGCGGGAAUUGCUCUCUGUGUCCAGAGCAAGAGUAG